ACAUUAGCUAUUCACCUAUUCUCCAACCUGUAGGCGGAACCACUGCCCUUAAUGGCGAUUAAUGACGCAACUUGAACUGAAAGCUGUGCGUGGUGUGAAGCCUUUUGGUUUACAUAUUAGUCAUAAAAUAUUGAUAGAAGGUUUGUGUUUUUAAACCACUUCAGUUGAGUGUCCAACAACUCCUCGCGGGCUAUAAUGUGGGCCACGGCAUUUUUGGCCAUCGCUGUUGUUGUGUGUGCCGUGGGUAGCGACAGAAGUUUGGAGGACAAGGGCCGCGUGGAAUUGCAGCGAGUGCGUGAACUGUCGCAGCAGCCGCGAUACGGCGAGUGCUGGUCUCGAGCUCUGGAGAAAAUACAAUCGAGCUGCAAAGAGUUCAGUGAUGAUGUGCAGAGCAAAAUCGCCUUGUCCUUCACACACUGCCACCUGCAAAGGUCAGGUCGUAGUUUCCCAGAUUGUCCUGAAGAUAGUGAUGUCAAAACCUGCACUCAAGACAUGGAUCCUGUAGCCUUCAACACUUACACUGAGUUUUUUACCCAUGCACACAGUAUAUGUCAUUACUUACAGAGUGAGCGCUGGCAACAAAAAGCUGAGAGCACCAUUCACCGGUUGACUGAGAGUUCAGCGGGGGUCGCGGAGCAGCUGGCCUCCACCCAGCGGAUGGCAGAAGAUCUGGUCGUGGCCCAAAGUGCCGCGCUGAAAUCCCAGGAAAGCAUCCUUCGCAAUGGAGAGGAACUCAAGAGCACCCUGCAAGACUCCACUCAAGGCCUGAGAGAUGUGUUUGUGGAGAUGAGGCAUUCUGCACAGGAGCAGCAGGUGGCAUUUGCGGAGAUCUUUAACCGUGUAGCUUUCCUCCAGAGCUUCAUCAUGUCUGAAACGCACACGUUUAGUUCCCUCUUCUACAACGCCCUGGGCUUUGGCGCCUCUUUCUUUCUGACUUCUGUCCGGCGCACAGCUGGAGCAAGAUUUUUCCUUUUUGGACUUGUGGCUUUGAAUAUAUACCUCGAAAGGAUGAUCUGUAAGACGGUGUUGGAAAGCGAGGACCAUGGUUUCCAACAGAUGGAGAAAAUAGCCUUUUUAGUUGGUCUUCUAAGAAAAUUCAUGGUUCUAAUUGGCUGCCUUGUUCUGCUGUACUUCGCUCUGCGCUACCGCAAUAUCAGCCGAGAGAGUCUUGAAAUCCUGAAGGAGCUCAAAGAGACUCGCUCUGAUCUUCAGCAGGCCUUGCAAAAAGCAGAAUGUCUCUCGGCAUCUGUGGAUGAAUGGAAGAGGUCCAGACCAAAACACUGGCAGAGCAAGUGGGAAGAGCGAGAUGACAGUUUAGUUGUUCUGCAUCCCUCUAGCGUCGUGAAUGCGGCCCUGUCCACAUUCUCUGCAUCUCCGGACACCAGACAUUAUGAGACACGGAGCACGUCAGAAGCCCAGAAGAGACGUCAGCGGCACACGUCAGGGUCUCGUACACGGACGUCUUCUGUCACGGUGUACAGUGUGCUGGUGGAUGACAAUGAGCCGAGGUAUAGCCUGAGAAGUCGGAAAUCUUUAAAUGGUCCAGACGUUAGAGGAGUGAAGGACUGAUGCAGAAUAUCAGAAAAAGGUUUGAUUGCCAUCUAAAGAUCUGAUUCAGGUUCCGGAUCAUUGGAGAGAUCUUAAACCUCUGAAAGAUGGAAGAUCACAGAUGUUUUAUCCAUUUUGAAUGUACGAUUCCUUUUUAAUCUUUAAACAUUAUAUAUUUUGUUGUUGUUGUUGUUGUUUUCAAAUGUGUUGUUUUUACAUAACCAAUAAAUACAUUCCAGUGUAACAACUG